AUGUCAUUAUCACUACCGCUUUACAAGCGAGAGGUCCAAGAUCCGGACAACAAGCCACUGAGGUCAAAGGAUCAUAACGGCGUCCUCGGUGCGUUCGACUCAAUCAACCACCCCGCCCGGGAUGGCUACAGGGCAAAUAGCCACACGUGCGACUCGCGGAUGAUGUACACCGUACGCGCACGCGAUGUCCCCUGCGAAGAUCCGUCGCAGUGCCCCUACGGUCCCAAGGCGCAUUCCCACUCUUUUUACGAGUAUAGUAAAGUGGACAAGAAGAAGGUCAAAUGUGGCGACAGGGCUGAACAGGUGUGGCGGGCGAAUCAGAAGCGACUUUUGGCAGAGAAGCAGGAGGGUGAGUUCGCUGAUGAGGCACGCCCCGGGUCUAGUUCUGAUCAGAACGAACUGAUUCGACUUUUCGCAAAACCGAACACGGCAAAGAAGGGAGACGACCCUAAACUGCGAGAGAGUGGCGGCGAAUCUUCCAUCAAAAGCACGGCCGAGCCGGAAAAGCUGAGCGGCCCAGUUACCUUUGGGCCUUCCCAGUGCUCUCUGCCCGAGUCCAUGAUCAGGGGCCCGCCCCUGAUCCCGUCGCCGUACCUUUCGGCGGGUGGCUGGACUUUCCCGCGCCCCCAAGCCGAAGCAGAGAAGAAGGAUAAGGAGCGCGAGCAGGUGAUGAGGGAGGCCGAAAAGGUAAGAGUGGAGAUGACCACCCCUAUCAUGAAGCAAAGCCAAGAAGAUGAGCCUCAGCAAGAAAAGACUCAGAAAGAGCCCGAGGAAGAGGCAGAGGCGAAGAAGCAGAUGUGGCGACAGAUCAACGAGAAUACUGCGAGGAAGCAGGCAAAAGAGCAGGAGAGCCAGGCGAGGAAGGUGGGAGAAGAAAAUGCCUUGAAGACGGGGAAGCAGAGGCUGACAGACCAGCAGCGACAUUGGGAGGAGUUGCGCAAUCGGGUCCUCGUAAAGGAGCUCCGUCUAAAUGGCACUCUCCUGCGCAACACCGCGCAGGAAACUGGAGAGCACAUUCUCAAUCUCGCGAAUAAGCACGUACAAUACUACGAGCUCAAGGUGAAGCACGAACGGAAAGAACGGGAAGACCACGUUCUCAAGCUGAAGCAAGAACGGGAACAACGGGCAGAGUACAUCAUUAAGCUGAAGCAAGAACAGGAACAGCGAGCAGAGUACAUCGUCAAGCUGAAGCAAGAAUGGGAACGAAGGGCAGAGCACGUGGUGCUCAGACAGCAGCAGAAACUUGAGCGCGAGCUCGAGAUUGGGCAGCAGCAUGAGUUAGAGCUUGAGAAGAAGCAAAGAGAGGCGCUCAGACGGCAGAAGCAAUUUGAGCGCGAGCUCGAGAUUGGGCAGCAGUCUGAGUUAGAGCGUCAGAAGAAGCAGAGAGAGGAGGAACUUCAGCGGCAAGAGCAUCAGGCUAAGCAGAGGCAGCAGCAGCAACAACAAGAAGAGCGCGCGCUCAAGCUGAAGAAGUUUUAUGAAGACGAGAAGAAGACGAUGGAACAGCAGAGACGCGAAGAGCUGCAGAGACAAGAGGAGCAGACCAAGGAGAGACAAAGAGAGGAGUACGAGCUCCAAAUGAAGCAGCGAGAGGAGCAACAGCUCAGGCAGAAGCAACAAGAACAGCGACAGCAAGAGCAACAAGAACACGAGCUCAGGCAGAAGCAGCGACAAGAAAUUAUAAUCAAGCAACAGCAGCGACAGGAAGCCAUACACAGGAGCAGGCUGGAGCUCCAGGCGCUGCAGAGUGGAGUCAGACAGCGAGAGGCCGAGCUCGUGCAGAAACAGCGACAGGAACUCGAGUUCAAGCAGGAACAGCAGAGGCAACUGAAGCAGCAGCAGGCAGAGAAGGAAGCCAAGAAGAAGCAGACCGAGGCUUCUGACGGCAAGCCCGGCUCCUCGAAACCAAUGUACAACCCUGAGCAGGGCUAUGCCGAUAUGAUUGAGACAAUCAAGAACUGGCAGCUUUCGGCGACGAAGGGAAUUCAGUGCAUCUCGGAGGAGUUGGGUCGGAUCUCUGCUACCGCCGCCAAGGCGGAGGAGCUGGCCGAGUUGGACUCCGUCUCUACGGAGGUUCGUGUUGAGAAUGAGACUGUAGCCAAGUCGGCUGAGGCGUCAAAGGCCACAGAGGCCGAGGCUGAUGCCGAACGCGAGAUUCCUCCCUUCUCGUUGGGCUCUCCUCUCUCUCCUGUGAUUGACCCUCGCAAUUGGUCCCAUCCCGACGCGAAUCAAAGUCGCAGGAUGGUGUAUAGACUCGUCAAGAAAGAGGACGAUAUCCCUACUUUUGACGUUGUCAGCUAUGAGGAUGCCAAAGACCCUGCGGACGAGUUCCUUAUCACGGAGUCUGUCAACUGCCAGAAUGGCAAGGACUGCAAGAUGUGCAACUGCCGGAAUUCCCGCCAGGAGCCAUCGCAGGCUGGCAUUAAGAGAGCGUUGCCUUUGGAGUUCUUUGAUGACGAUUUCGUCCUCAUUUGA